AUGCACGCCGCGGUCUGGCAUUUGCAGGCCCGGACUCAGGCCCAGACUCAGGCCCGGACUCAGGCCCAGACUCAGGCCCAGACUCAGGCCCAGACUCAGGCCCAGACUCAGGCCCAGACUGAGGGACAGACUCAGGCCCAGACUCAGGCCCAGACUCAGGCCCAGACUGAGGGACAGACUCAGGCCCAGACUCAGGGACAGACUCAGGCCCAGACUCUAACUCAGACUCAGGCCCAGACUCAGGCUCAGACUCAGGCCCAGACUCAGGCCCAGACUCAGGGACAGUAG